AUGACAAAGAGUGCGGUUGAACUUUGGUGUGAGCAAGAUCCCGAUUGCGAUACCAUCAAGGAAGCUCAGAGCCUCGACGAUGAAGCUGUUGCCGCUCGUCUAGACCCUAACCAUCGUCUACAGUUCGGCACUGCAGGUUUACGUGGGGUGAUGGGCGCUGGCUAUGACCGUAUGAAUUGCCUUACGGUCAUGCAAGCCUCUCAAGGCCUCUGUAUGCACUGUAUAAAGAAGUACGGGCAGCAGGCCCUUAGUGAGCGAGGGGUGGUCUUCGGCUUUGAUGGACGUCACAAGUCUCGAGCCUUUGCCCAUGUUGCUUCGGCUGUUUUCCUUUCUAAAGGAGCCAAAGUCUAUCUCAUCGACAAGACCAGCAUAACACCAUCAAAUCCUUUCCUCAUCGUCCGCUUCCAAGCACUCUGUGGUGGACAAAUGACGGCUUCCCACAACCCCAAGGAGUACAACGGCUAUAAAGUGUAUGGCGCCAAUGGAGCCCAGAUUAUUCCUCCAGCAGACUCGGAGAUUCAAGCUAACAUCAUGGCGAAUCUCAAGCCGUGGCCAGAGGCUUUGCAGCUGCUAGGCCCCGACUGUCUCCUUAAGGACAAGUCCAAGACGGUGGACCCCUACGAUGUGGUCCUCUACACUUACAUUGACCAGAUCAUCACGAACUGUGUCGCUUCCCUGAGCUCAAUAAGAAGUGUGAGCUGA